ACGAACAUCCACAACAAAAUAUUCAUGAUGUCUUUACUGGUCAUUGAUUAGUCCGAAAUUAAACUGAUUCUCAAUGUAAUGAACCGUAUGUUUUAUGUCAAAUAUUUUCUGAUCAACCACCAUUGCGUUUACCAGCUCAAACAUCAUACAAACCAUUUUCACAUAAAUGGAAAUAAGUGAAACGCAUAGAUUGUAACCCUUUCUAGUCAACAAGGAUCAGUUAAAAUGAACAUAAAAUUAGCUGGAAUUCGAUUCAUGUGUUAGCUUGUCGAAUAUCUGCAUUACUCUUUCUAUGAAAAAAUAUUAAAAAUAUGACUAUCAACUAGUGUUCUAGAGGAUGUCCAGUUUGUUUGGUCGGAUACCUGUACGUAAAAAAGUUCUUGCUUGUUUUCCUGGUCAGGACCUAUGAGAAUAACUUCGAAAUUUUUCGAACAAUUAGUGGUCACUAUAUAUAAAAAAACAGGAAGCAAACAUCUGUGGAUAAAUAACUCACUCUGUUUCAAGACCAGACACACUAGAUACUCUCCAGGGCGACUAUUAUCCUAUAAAAUUUAAUUUUCUUGAAUUUGAUCCAGUAUCAUUACCAAUAGAUUCAGAAGUGAAAAUUAAACGAAUUAUAACAGAAAAACUCAAACUGUUUAAAAGUGCAAAAUUACCAUUUUUAUUUGUUUGUGAAACUAUUGAUGACGAAGAAUAUUCCGUUAUAUUUAAAAAUGAGGAUAACGUAACAGAAGAUCAGUUGAUAUUAGAAAUUUUAACAGUCAUGGAUAAGCUAAAAGAAAUUUGCCAACGAAAUUCUCGUAAUUAA